AUGGAUUACAAGUGGAUAAUUUCAAACGGUGAAAAUAAACCGGGUGCUAAUGCUUCCUCUCAGUUGGAAAAAGAAAUCGGUUCGGAUAAUUUACUAAGCAAUGAACAUUUCUAUGGACUGGUCAAUUUCGGCAAUACCUGUUAUUGCAACUCUGUUAUUCAGGCGCUUUAUUUUUGUCGUCCAUUCCGUGAAAAGAUUUUACAAUAUAAGCAACAGUUGAAGAAAUCAUAUGAUAAGGAAUCAGGAAGAGAUAAGGAAAAUUUAUUGACCUGCCUUGCUGAUCUUUUCCAUAAUAUAGCGACGCAGAAGAAACGUGUGGGCACCAUUGCCCCGAAAAGAUUUAUUACAAAAUUGAAAAAAGAAAAUGAUAUAUUUGAUAAUUUUUCACAACAGGAUGCCCAUGAAUUUCUAAAUUAUUUGCUAAAUACAAUAUCAGAAACGCUUGCUGAGGAGAAAAAAGCCGAAAAAAUGGAUAAAAUACUUCGUACAAAUGGAAUGACGAAGAAAGGCUCCGGUGUCGUCGUUUCACCGCAUGAACCACUGGCAUUUUGUCAACCAAGUGGCUCAAGAAGUGACGCUACAUGGAUUCAAGAAAUUUUCCAAGGGACCUUAACUAAUGAAACACGUUGCCUUAAUUGUGAGACGGUAUCAAGUAAGGAUGAAGAUUUUUUGGAUCUAAGCGUUGAUGUUGAACAGAAUGCAUCAAUCACCCAUUGUUUACGUGUCUUUUCUGACAUGGAAACAUUACAAGGGGAACAGAAAUAUUACUGUGAAAAUUGUUGUUCAAAGCAUGAGGCUCAAAAACGUAUGCGUAUUAAAAAAUUACCACAGAUGUUGGCAUUGCAUUUGAAACGAUUUAAAUAUGUUGAACAAAUGAAUCGCCAUACAAAAUUGUCAUAUCGAGUGUUGUUCCCACUUGAACUACGUCUUUUCAAUGUGAGUGACGAUGCAGUGAACAGGGAUCGUCUGUAUGAUUUAUGUGCAGUUGUGGUACAUUGUGGUUCUACGCCAAAUCGUGGUCAUUAUAUUACGCUUGUAAAAUCGCAUAAUUUCUGGCUUCUGUUCGAUGACGAUAUAGUUGAUAAAAUUGAUCCUGUGGCGAUUGAGGAUUUUUUCGGUCUUUCGGAAUGUGGUGUACAAAAAAACAGUGAAUCUGCAUAUAUUCUAUUUUAUGAAGCGAGGGAUGCUGUGAAUAUAGACGUCAAAGGAGGAGCUGGACAAGUUGCUAAUUCUUCCAUUUAG